GGAAUAGCUGUUCCUGAGGUGCUGGAAAAAACAACAGCUAGCAAGCUGAGCUGCUAGCAGCGGUGAACGCAAUUUGUUAGCAACUAUUGAUAAUAGACUAGAGUUGGAUUUGACCGUAGCACACCAAACGUAGUUUUUUAUUCAACCCCAUAACGAUGAGAGAGGCAGUGGUCCAUGAAGAGUUUUGGAUCCACAGAGAGUGGCUUGUCCACCAGAGACAUCAUCAGGCACUGGAGCACAGAUAACACCUCCAAACUGAAAAGCCAUGAUCCCCAUCACUGAGCUGCGGUACUUUGUGGACACACAGCCAGCAUACCGCAUCCUGAAACCAUGGUGGGAUGUGUUCACAGACUACAUCUCCAUUGUUAUGCUUAUGAUUUCUGUGUUUGGGGGGACACUGCAGGUCACCCAGGACAAGAUGAUCUGCCUACCCUGCAAAUGGGUGGUCAAUCAGACCUGCAAGAAGAACUUCAACUCUACACUCUCCGCAUCAUUGUUCUUGGAGCCCAAGGGGAUCCAGUAUGAUCUGGACCGCCAUCAGUACAAUUAUGUGGAUGCUGUGUGCUAUGAGAAUAGAUUGCACUGGUUUGCUAAGUAUUUUCCUUACCUAGUAUUACUUCACACCCUUAUUUUUUUAGCAUGCAGCAACUUUUGGUUUAAGUUCCCACGGACUAGUUCCAAACUAGAGCACUUUGUAUCCAUCUUGCUGAAAUGUUUUGACUCGCCAUGGACAACUAGGGCACUGUCAGAGACAGUGGUUGAAGAGAGUGACCCAAAACCAAUGAAAAUGAAUGGCUCAAUGGACCACAAGGAGUCUGUUAUCAGUGAGGAUGUUGAAGCAAGUGUUCCUAUGCUCCAAAGGACAAAGACACGCUUUGAGCAGGGCAUAGUAGAUAGAACAGAAACAGGGGUUUUGGACAAGAAAGAGGGCGAACAGGCGAAGGCCCUGUUUGAAAAAGUUAAGAAGUUCCGUAUACACGUUGAAGAAGGAGACAUUGUGUACAGACUGUACAUCCGUCAGACCAUCAUCAAAGUCAUCAAGUUUAUUUUGAUAAUCUGCUAUACAGGGUAUUACGUGCACGAUAUUAAAUUCAGUGUUGACUGUUCAGUAAAUAUAGAGAGCCUGACAGGUUACAGCGUGUACCGUUGUGCUCACCCGCUGGCUACACUUUUUAAAAUCUUAGCCUGUUUCUACAUUAGCUUAGUGGUGGUGUACGGUUUGAUCUGCAUGUACACACUCUGCUGGAUGCUUCGGCGCUCUCUAAAGAAGUACUCCUUUGAGUCGAUACGGGAAGAGAGCAGCUACAGCGACAUACCCGAUGUGAAGAAUGACUUUGCUUUCAUGAUGCACAUGAUAGAUCAAUAUGACCCUCUGUACUCUAAACGCUUUGCGGUGUUCCUAUCAGAAGUAAGCGAAAAUAAGCUGAGGCAGCUCAACCUCAACAAUGAGUGGACACUGGACAAGCUCAGGCAGAGGAUUACCAAGAACUCUCAGGAGAAGUUGGAGUUGCACCUUUUCAUGCUGAGUGGCAUUCCAGACACAGUAUUUGACCUGAUGGAGCUGGAGGUUCUUAAACUGGAGCUUAUCCCCGAUGUCACCAUCCCCCCAAUCAUCGCUCAGCUGGUUAACCUGCGAGAGAUGUGGCUCUACCAUACGCCAGCCAAAAUCGAAGCUCCUGCACUGGCUUUUUUGCGUGAGAACUUGAAGUCUCUACACAUUAAGUUCACUGACAUUAAAGAGAUUCCCUUAUGGAUCUACAGUUUGAAGAAUCUUAGUGAACUUCAUCUGACAGGGAAUCUCAGUGCGGAGAACAACCGUUACAUUGUCAUCGAUGGGCUCCGGGAGCUCAAGAGGCUCAAAGUCCUUCGUCUGAAGAGCAAUCUCACCAAGCUACCUCAGGUGGUGACUGAUGUGGGCAUGCACCUCCAGAAGCUUUCCAUCAAUAAUGAAGGCACCAAGCUGAUGGUGCUCAACAGCCUGAAGAAGAUGGUGAACUUGACGGAACUAGAGCUCAUUCGCUGUGAUCUAGAGCGCAUACCACACUCAAUCUUCAGCUUGCACAACUUGCAGGAGAUUGAUCUGAAGGACAACAACCUGAAGACCAUCGAGGAGAUCAUCAGCUUCCAGCACCUUCAUCGGCUGGUCUGCCUUAAGCUCUGGUACAACCAGAUCGCCUAUAUUCCCAUCCAGAUUGGUACGCUGACUAAUCUGGAGAAACUGUACCUGAACAGAAACAAGAUUGAGAAAAUCCCCAGCCAGUUGUUUUAUUGCCGCAAGCUGCGCUUCCUGGACCUGAGCCAUAACAACUUAACCUAUAUCCCGACAGAUAUAGGCUUUCUCCAGAAUCUUCAGUAUCUGGCAGUGACAGCCAACAGGAUUGAGAGCCUGCCCAAUGAGCUGUUCCAGUGCAAGAAGCUUCGCACUUUGAACUUGGGGAACAAUUGCCUGCAGUCCCUGCCAUCACGGUUUGGAGAGCUGACCGGGCUGACACAGCUGGAGCUGAGAGGAAACCGUCUGGAGUGUCUGCCCGUGGAGCUGGGCGAGUGCCGACAGCUGAAGAGAACCGGUCUCGUGGUAGAGGAGGACCUUUUCAACACCCUGCCCACGGAGGUCAAGGAACAGUUAUGGAAAGUCGACAAAGAACAGGCUUGAACAGGUCUGUGGCUAUGAGUGAAAAAACGGAUUCUGACCAACUGGGCCCUGACACAGGAGUGAAUGCCUAUACUGUCCUAGAGGGCAUGUUGAAGCAGGCAGUAGUCCUGCUGCAGUGUGCUGCCAGUGAGGUUGGGUAUCAAGAACCAGUGCCAGCUUGGUAGUGUGUGUAGUGCUGAUAGCGUCAGGGUGGUCUUUUAAUUCUUAAUUGUGCACUUGAUUUUCUGUCCCUUACAACAACUUCUCAGGCCUUCCCAUUAUAACCCAGUGGUGAUGCUUUUUAGCAGUAAGAUCACAGUCACAUUGUGAGCAGCAGCAUGCAUUCACAUUAUAUGCUUCUUGGUAGUGGUGGAGCAGUUCAAGUAUGAAAAACUGUUGGCCAACUUUGCUUCAGACAGAAUAAUAACGUGAACAAAGUUUUCCACUGUUUAGCAUAACGAUAACAUCAGGGCGAGUCAAGAUAGAGUACAUGAAAAUAAUCUGUCCACUAUCAUUAGUGUUACAAAUGAGAUGGCAAGAGGAUCUCUGAGCCCUCUUCAUUCCUGUGUAUGGAUUGCCAAUGAACAGCCAUCACUUGUUUCAUUUAUUUUAAGUUGGAUCAAAUAUCCAAUCCUGUUUUAUAAUUCAAAGGAUUUAUCACAAGUUCAUGACAGGCAAGAGGCUGUAACUCUGUCUUUUCUUUUUUUUUUUUUCUUUUUUGGGGAGGAAAAAUUUUGCUGAUGUUCACUCACAGUAUUUAACAAGUCAGAUGAUUAUUUCACCACAUGUCAUAUUUGUAUAAACGAUAUCAAUCACGAGCAAACUGCACAGUCAUAUUAGCUGUUGUCCAGCACUGACCUGACAUAAGUCGUAACUGCGGUGGUCAUUGUUUUUCUGCUGUAGAGGGAUGACCAUGGCCUUCAAAUACCUUCAUGUGAGCCUGGUUUGAAACUGAUUGGAAAAUCAUAAAAGUACAGUAUGACAUGAAAUCACAAAUCAGGGAUAACUUAUGACGAGUCAUGUGGAUUCUGAGAUCCUUGUGUCUGAGAGGGUCAUUGAGGAGACUGUUGGUAGUGCAAGCGCUGUAGAGGCAGAGGAGUUGUCAUUGGUCGGCCUGAGUCUUGGCAGCGGUGCAACAACGUGGUAUUACACAAGAGAGUGUGACCCCUUCAUGAAGCCAGUUUGGCAGAGUGGAAGGGUUGAUGUCCACUUUCUGGGGAAAGAUGUGUAGUGUGUUUUACCUACAGUAGUAGCGCAGUGCAGGAAAAGCAAUUAUAGUCCUGAAUGCUACCCAGUGGACUUGUAUUACAGGACGUCACCCCCAUGCAGUUAUAUUGGUGGAGCAACCUAUCAGUGUGCAGAUACCCAACCCUUACUGCCAGUAUGCCAGUGGGAUCUAAUUCUAAUCUAUUUCAUCGUCAUGCUGCAUCCACAUUGUUUGUUCGCAAGGAAUUGCACAAAACAACCUAAACAAAUGUGAGGAAGAUGCUAAAAUAGUUUUGAAUGAGAUGAAUCUGUGUCAAAAGAAUUUAUACAGGUUUACACAGGACUACACAGUAUUGACACUGAAAUGGAGCCUCAAAACAUUAAUUAUAUGUCUCAAACGUACUCACACUCGACUGAAACACUAGACUGGUUUAUUACCCUUUCUGUGGUGUAACAGAAAGCAAGCGCUUGGUCUACUUGUAUGUCCUGAUAGUUCAGUGUAAUUGUCUGCAAUUGACAAGUGAAGGACCCAAAUAUGUUUUCAAAUAUGUUUUCUAAGCUCCUGGCCUUGUGUUAAUUUCAGUUUGUUACAACAUAAAAACAUAUUUAAAUUGCUAUGUUAGAUUCACUAAGAUGAGGCCAAUAUGAAAUUUAAUCAGAUUUUUUUUUAUUUAAAAAACAACAAAAGAAAACAUUUCAAUAAGGUCAAAAAUGGCCUUUAAUAAAACUAGUGAAAUUUGAUGUUUUAGCUUUGACAUCAAAAAGCUUAAAACAACAUUUGAAAAAUUGGAAUUCAUUUGUCAUUGGCAAGAAAAAUCACAAGGCAUUUUGGAAAAUAGCCUGACUUUCAGGUCAGUUGCCUUAACUUUAAUUCACUCCUUCUGUGUUCUGUACUGUUUCUGUUAUGUUUGGCUGUGGCAUCUGUUGAGUUCGAAACAAAUGCAUAGAAAUGUCUAAAGCUGCACUAGACUGCGCAGGCCCAAAUGCUAACGGGAGCAAUAGGACAGUUUGCUGUUUGUUUUACAGUUGGCUCUCAUGUUUCAUGUCAUCACUUCCUGUGGACUUUUUACUAGUGACCAUACUUGACACCAGUAAUCCGUUUGGGCAAAUAAAAGAGACAUUUGAUGUCUCAAAUGGGAUUAAUGAGACGUUUUUUCUUCUGCUGUAGCCUCACUUUGUGGCAUUGGCUGUGUUAACUUAAUUUUUACGUAAAGGUCUGCCCAAAAGCAGCUUUAACAGUCUUAACCAGUGUUACUGUUCACUGCUGACAACUUACAUAGAGAGUGCAAGUCACAAUUUCAACCAGUCUUAUCUGUAAAAGUGAUCUAGAUAUGUAGCAGUUUGGACUGACACAAUCUCAUUUUGGGAAUCUAAGUUUAUUAUUAUUAUUAUUGCUGUUGUGUGAUGGAUUUUUUGUUGGAAGUGGGAGUUUUUUUUGUGCCAGAUACACUCACCUCUUAUGGUAUCCUUUCCUGCCAGGGGAAUUAAAAAAAACAAAGUGUAGUCAAAAUUACAAAGUAAGAUCUGAUGUCAAUUAACCAAAUUGGACAUAUAAGAUAGUUCACACCCAUCAGUAAGUAAACAUUGUGUUUUAGUUUUUUAUAAUUGCGGUAGAUGUGAGAAUUUAAUCAUUCUCAUUUUUUCUCUUUUUCAUAAAUGGGCCGUUAUACUAUCCAGGUCCAGUCAGCUAAUUGUUGCCAUUUAUUCCUCUGGUUUCAUAGCGUGGUCAUUUGUUGAGAAAUGUUGAAGAGCUUUUGCCUGAGAGUGACUCUUCUGCUCUUGUGUUUUGCCACAAUAAGCAGCACGAUGCAAAAAAAAAGUGCGGAAUUCAAGAUCAAUGAACAGCUCUGACACAGUGCAACACACAACAGAGCUUCUUGUGUUUGCCCUGAUGGGAAAAACAAAACAAAACAUCAGUUUAUGUUUUAAUAAACCUAACUGCAAAGAAGACUUGGACAGUAGCAAUAUGCAGUACAGUAACUGGGUUGAAAAGCAUAGGAAUAGUUUAAGCUAUGUACAUUUAUUUCAGUAACAUGUUUAACUAUGCUAUAUUGUGCAAUAUCGCCUUUAUUUGAACUAUGUAAAGGUUAGUAGUGAUGUAGUUUUCUAAUGUGCAUGGGCAUUCUUUGUGUCACAUUUAUUUUACUAAGGUGAUGGUGAGAGUUUCAAGCUAAGUAGAGAAUGCUUUUGCACUACAGCACCUCUCCACAAGUUACAUUUAGGUAAAUGCAAAUUAUGGUAUACAACUUAAUGUAUACAACACACGUUUUGUAUGUUUUGCGGUAUGGGAAGGUUCAACUGAAUGACUGCCAGCCAUGAGAUUAAAAUUUUAUCAAAUUGCUUAAUCAAAGGGUUUGGGGGGUUUUUUUGUUUGUUUGUUUGUUUUACAGAGAAACUGGUGGGAAAAAAAAACAAAUUUCACUUGGAGCAUUUUAGAUGACAUCCAGAACAACUCAGCAAUACACCCAAUUGAGACAAUCAACUACUCUAAUUAAGAUUAACAUGAAAAUGGAGAGCACUGCAAGUUAAAUGGUCAGUACAUUAAAACAUACAUUGUAUACGUUGCUAGUAAAGUUGUAUCAGUAACUAGAUUAGCUUUUGGUCUCUGUUAUUUUUGAGUCAUUUUCUCCUUUUCCCUCCUUUUUUUUUAUCAUUUUUUCACUUCUUCAUUUUGACAGCUGUUAGUAUAUUACAGUAUAACUAAAUUUCUCAGGAAGCCAGCUAGUACUCACUUCUUUUUUGAGUUGAUUGCCUAUUUUUAUUACACCCGGUAUUUCUAUUAAUUUAAACAAUUGUUUUAUAAAGUUAAAGUUUUAUAUGCAUUUCUAUACAUUCUUUUAUAGUUUGUGUGUUUAAUAUUGACUGCUGAUUUAAACAAAAUGUGUUUGUGUUUUUAAAGAAACCGCUUGGUUUAACCUUGAUUCUGUGUUUCUCAUCAGUGACCAUGUGUAAACCUAGUGUGAGUGUUAUCCGUGUGUGUGUGUAUGUUGGCAUGAUGAGACUUUCUCACCCCUUGAUGUUUAUCUUUGUUCUGACUCCUCAUAAAAUCAUUAUGUUUGGGUACAAAAUCUUUUUUUUUUCAACAUUUCCCAACUCAAGUCCAAUUAUAGGUGAUGUACAAAUUUGUCUUAAUACAGUGUUUGGUUGCCAAAAGGUUUUCAUUAAUAAGGAAAUCAUCAGUGCAUCAGUAUUUGCAUUAAUGAGUUGACAGUGAAUAUUCUGUUUGAACAUGUGUCCCAUCCCCUUCUGCACACCAUCCAAUAGAGAUAAAAUAAAAUAAACUUGGUCAACCA